AUGGGCAGCCACACGUCGGGGUACCCGCAGCCGCCCCACGGCUGCUGCUGCGACAGCGAGGCGAAGGGAAUGCUGGCCUACGAGAGCACGGAAAACCUUGGCAGCCAGCAGGACGGCUCGUCUAGGCUGCUGCAGCUGGCCGACGAGUUGGAGCGGGUGUGCAGCCAGUACGCGGAGGCUUAUCGAAAAGCCUUGCGGAGCCCCCACACGGGCGAGCGCACCAUGAAGAGGGCGAACGAGGUGACCGCCAAAGCCCAGAGCACCCUGACGUCGAUGAGGCGGCGGGAGUAA